GUGCUUUUGAUUAUUCCUUCUAUUGGGGGAAGGGAUCAAUAGAUAGCCUCUUCUAGUGUAUUCAUUGGCUGUUUUGAUUGUUCAGGCUGUAUUUUAGUUUUUAAUCAACAAAAUGUGAAGAAAGUCAAAACAAAACAGGGCGGAAAACACCCUGCAAUCGUGAAUUGUGUCUUAGAACUCGAUUAAUUAUGAUUAUAGAAAUUUUAAAGAUAAGAUUUUUGAAUAUAUCUAAUUCUGGUCACUUAUAAUAAAAUAUAAUUGUAUUGUUUUAAUUCUUGGUAGUACUUACACAUGAUUUUGCAGUAGAUACAUCACAAUUGAGAUAAUUGUCUCAGUUGCAGGUUUGUUGAAAACUCAUGCCCUGUUGAAAUGUCCUGAACAGCAGCAAAGCAACAUCGUCUUGGUUUGUGAUGAGUGAGGAAGCCUCUGGUAAUAGUGGUGCAGCUGGUAAACGUGUUAAACGUUCAUCAUCCAAGUAUGAAGCUGCUGAAGGGAACAUUGUUCCAAUUGAGCAAAGACUGCAUCCAGUGAUUAAAACGUUUGACUUUACAACCAACAGAUUACAAUUCAUUCAGCACAAAAUCAUGAAAGUGUUGUGGAAAAACAGAUUCUGUUGGCCAUUUCAGAAAGCUGUUGAUGCAGAUGAGCUUGGCAUUCCUGAUUAUUACAAUGUUGUUAAGAAUCCCAUGGACCUUGGUACUGUCAAGCGAAAACUUGAGAACUUUGAGUAUCAGAUGGGGGAUGAGGCUUUGACAGAUAUCAGACUUGUGUUUGAUAAUUGUUUUCUUUAUAAUAAACCUGAUGAUGAUAUUUACUCAAUGGCAAAGGACCUUGAAACUGUUUUCGAGUCAAAAAUGAGGGAUUACCCUGACCAUGAGCCUGAACAUCGCAUCUUGAAAACUCCUGCUGGAGUGAAACCUACCACUAAGGUUGUUCCUGCAACUACAACAUCCGACUUGACUCCUGCUCGCACAUCAGUUUCAUCAGUUAAACCUGCUAAAUCUCAGCUCAAAAAGGGUGUAAAGAGGAAAGCAGAUACAACUACCCCAGAAUCCAGCGAUCAAGUUAGCACCACCACUCAUUCUCCUGUAAUUUCAAAAGCUGGCAAGAAUAAAGCUUCCAAGAAGGUUUUACUCCCACCCACUGUUCCCUUUUCAUCAGCUUCUAACAAUGAACUAAAGAACUGUAUGACAUUAAUCAAAGAAUUGGUAGGUCGAAAACAUUCAAAUUAUGCAUGGCCAUUUUAUACUCCUGUGGAUGUGAAAGGUUUGGGUUUGCAUGAUUACUUAACUAUUAUCAAAGAGCCAAUGGACUUGGGUACUCUUAAGCUUAAAUUGGAAAACGGACAGUACAGCUCAGCUUUGGAAUUUGCUAGAGAAGUCAGAUUAAUAUUCAGUAAUUGUUAUAAGUAUAAUCCACCAGAUCAUGAUGUUGUUGCUAUGGCAAAAGAACUUGAAGUUGCAUUUGAAACAAGAUUUGCUAAGAUUCCUCUUGGAAAUCAUAUUUCAAGUUCUAAACCCAAAGUCAAUUCCUCUAUCAAGGUCACUCCAGUUAAAAAUGGUUUGGCUACAUUACCUCCCGCAAAACCAAAGUUUCAAACACCUGUUCUCCCUUCAUCAGAUAGCUCAGAUCAUGCCAUUGAUUCAGAUGACGAUUUAUAUGGUAAAAACAUUCAGUUACUGCAAGAUCAAAUGAAAGUAAUUAAAGCUAAGCUUGCUGAAUUGGAAUCAUAUAAAGCCUCUUCAAAAGUAAAGAGGACACCUUCAAUGGCCACUCCAAAAACUAAAAAGGCUAGGACUCCAAAAGAGCCCAAGGUUUCCAAGAAAGCCCAAAAAGUCAUUUCUACACCAAAAGGUACUAAGGUAACAGCCAGUAAAGCUAAGCUACAGGAAACUCUUGUCCCAACAGUAACAUCUACUACACCUAUUGCUAUGUCCUAUGAUGAAAUACGUCAACUUAGUAUGGAUAUCAAUGGACUUCCAGGUGGAAUGUUGGGCAAAGUAGCCCAGAUUAUUCAGUCUCAUGAGCCUAAUCUACAAGGUAAGGAUGCUACUCCUGGUGAAAUUGAAAUUGACUUUGAGACUCUUAAACCUGCAACAUUACGAGGUCUUCAGCAGUAUGUGGUUGACUGCCAAAAAGAGAUGAAAAGAGCUCCAUCGAUCAAAAAAGGUGCUACCCACACUACUAAAGAGAAAAAGAAAAAGAGUCAAGAGGUUGAGCAACGUCCUAAGGAAACAAAACCACCAAAAAAGAGUGUUGCUAAACAGAAGCCCAAGCCUCAGAACAUGUCUCGGCUCAGCUCAAGUUCUAGCUCUGAUUCCAUUGGAGAAGGAUCUAGCUCUGGAGAAGAGGUGAGUUCCGUCAAAGCUGUUCAACCUCCAGCAGCUCCACCCUCUGUUCCGUCUGUAGUACCACCUGCAGCUCCCUCUCCAGUUCUGUCUCCUCCCGUUCCAUACAUCCCAAAACCACAAGCUGAGCUCAAACCUAUUGAAAUUCCCACCAAGGAACAAAAAGCUGCCUCCUUAAAAUCAUCCCCCUUGAAAUCAUCCCCCUUGAAAUCAUCCCCCUUAAAAUCGCCUGAUAUUUCAUCAGAACUAUUAUCAUCAGAAAUAUCAGAAAGUGAUGUUAAGUGCUUUGCUGACCCAACAGCGCAGGAGAUCUACAAUCUUAAGAAGCAAGAAGAUGAUCAUGAAAUCUCCUUCGACAUGAACAAAUCGUUGGAGCUAGAAAAGAAACCAUCUUUAAACAACUGGGGUAGCUUAGCACAAGAAAACAUCACAUCCAAUCCAGUUUUGAAGACUUCCCGAUUUGAGGAGUUUAAGAGGCAGGCCCAAGAAAGGCUAGAACGACAAAAGGCUCUACUGCAGCAGGAGGAAAACAUGAAAAUGGAGAAAGAGCGUCAGGAAGCUGACAGAAAGCUUGAGGAGGAAGAAAAACAGCGGGAGCGAGAGGAAGAGGAAGCUCUAAACUCAAUAGUUGAGAGGAAACCAGUUAAACCACCCACACCUCCCCCACUUCCUCCUCCACCUCCUGUAGUGCAGGAGAAGACAAAACAGGAACUAGAAAGGGAAAGAAGAGAGAAACUUAGAGAGGAGCAGCGCAGACAGAGGCAAAGCAUGAUGCCGUCCAUUGACAUGAACAUGCAAGCAGAAAUAAUGCGUACCUUUGAAACCAGCCAUCAUCUGUGACUCAUGUAAUGCGCGUUCAAAUUUGUAUUAUGUUAUAUUUAAGUGAUAUGAACGAGUUGAUUGCUUCACUUGUUUUGGGGCAGUCAGCAAGUUAAUGUUGUGUUAUUUCUAUGCAGUAAAUUAUAGCUUUGUCUUCAUAGUAUAGUCAAAACAGUUUGGAAAUUUAAGACACCUUGAUCAUGAUUGGUCGUUCAUGUCUGUUGAGUUGAUGUUUUGAGAUAACAAAACUCUGCUUUCAAUUACAGGAUAAUUGAGAUUUCUGAUUUAGUGUCUUUGAGAUUUUGUGCCACUUAUAAGAAUGUACAUUUUGAUAUGGUUAUUACUUAUCGCAUAAAUUAUGGGCAAUUCGGUAGUAUCCUGUAACAUGAUCAGAACAGAAUUGGCGUUUUU